AUGGUGCCAUGCAUCGUGCUGUUUCUUCGAAUGGUGGUUCCCCGUGGACGACUGCUGUUUCGACGUCAUUAUCAUCACAUCCAACCGAAACCCGUCCAGCAACCAUCGGAUUCCUACGAUAUAUUCCACUGCCCCGAGCUGCCUCCAGAGAACUACCCCAGAGAAUACCCCAUUUUGGAGGUCCUUGGAAACUGGAACGUAACUGUCUUGGUCCCUCCCAAAACAAUCUACCAAGGAAUCUGCGUCUUUGACGUGACGGCUGCUGUCAAAAGAGGAAUUUCACGAGAAGACAUUGAAAACCAGAUUCAAAACUACCGAGCCGCUGAAGUCCCCUUUGUGGUCCGCAAUGAUCCAGCCGUGUUGCAGUCAGUAGAGUUGUGGAAUCGAAACGGAUAUCUAUCUCGAAAAUUGCAAGACAAACGCUUUGAAGCGACUCUCUCCAACACCACCAUUGUAACCUUUUUCAAUACGAAUCCAGAGUGGAACAACAUACCAGAGCAUUUUGUAUCACCCACACGCGAUGUUCCCAUGACCUAUGCGGAAUGGUACACGCGUGCACAACGAUCCAGCCACAACAACAACCAUAAGCAACAGGAAUACGCCUAUCUACGCCUGGAUGCCUGUCUUCCCGACAAGAACUGUGAUUCCACCUACCGCGGCAACCCCAAUGAGCUGGAUGAUGCCGACUUUAUCUACAACGAUCUACCCUUUUUUCAUCCCAACAACAACAAUCAUAACUCGUCGAAGUCCUUGUAUCCCAUUGAUAUCGAAAAGGCGAGAGGGAUACAAUGUCGCUUUGCCAGUCCAGGGCUCACGGCCGAAGCACAUUUCGACAAUGAACGCAACUACAUUGCCAUGCUCAAGGGAGAACGACGAUUCCUCUUGGCACAUCCCCAGAAUUGCCCAAAUUUGUACCUGUAUCCUCCCAAGCAUCCCUUGGAACGACACACACGGGUGGAUUGGUCACAACAAGUCAAUUUGAAUGACAGCUUUCCCAACUUUUGGCGUGCCACCAUCAACGAAGUGGUGCUCACAGCAGGGGAUGUCUUGUACUUGCCAACGUAUUGGUUUCAUCAUAUUGUAUCGCUGACGCUCAACUAUCAGUGCAAUACACGAAGUGGAUAUUCCGUCGAAUAUGACCAAACAAUCUAUGAUUGCGGAUUCUUCUAUGAUUUUCCUGACGAAUGA